AUUCCGGGAAGACAUCAACCCGGAAGUGAUUUUAUAGCUGUACAUUGAGUUUGUGUUUUGUUUUGUAACACAGAGCAGUGAAGCUGCCAGGGACCAGCCAUGGGGAAAUCGUUUGCCAAUUUCAUGUGUAAGAAGGAUUUCCAUCCUGCCUCUAAAUCCAACAUCAAAAAGGUAUGGAUGGCAGAGCAGAAAAUAACAUAUGAUAAGAAAAAACAGGAAGACUUAAUGUCACAGUAUUUAAAGGAACAAGAUUCAUAUAACAACAGAGUACUUCUGGGUGAUGAGCGAGUAAAGAAUGGAUUGAACUUCAUGUAUGAAGCACCUCCUGGAGCUGAAAAAGAAAUAAAAGAGCAAGAAGGUGAAACAACCGAAUACAAAUUUGAAUGGCAGAAGAUGGCUCCACGUGAAAAGUAUGCAAAGGAUGACAUGAACAUAAGAGAUCAGCCGUUUGGUAUACAAGUCCGCAAUGUGAGGUGUAUCAAAUGCCAUAAGUGGGGUCAUGUGAACACAGAUCGGGAAUGCCCAUUAUUUGGACUUUCUGGAAUAAAUGCAAGUUCUGUAACCACAGAUGGAUCAGGACCAUCAAUGCACCCUUCCGAGUUAAUGGCGGAGAUGAGAAACAGUGGCUUUGCACUGAAAAAAAACGUGCUCGGGAGAAACUUGACCGUAAACGAUCCAUCACAGGGUUUUGUUGUAAGUGAAGCUGAAGAAGAAGAUGAUGAUCCAGAAGUAGAGUUUUUAAAAUCUCUGACCACAAAACAGAAACAAAAGCUCUUAAGAAAAUUAGAUCGUCUUGAGAAGAAAAAGAAAAAAGACAAGAAAAAGAAAAAGAUGCAGAAGAAAAAAAACAAGAAUAAACACAAGAAGCACAAGAGCAGCAGCCACAGUUCCAGUAGCAGCAGCUCGUCCAGUAACUCUUCCAGUAGUGACAGUGAGUCUGAGAGCGAGGAAGAGAAAAGACACCGAAAAAAGAAGACAGACCGUGAAAAGCUUGCUAAGAAGCAUGAUGAUGGUAGUGGUUCAGAAGAAAGACCCACGUCAAGGAAGAAUAAUAUAUCGGAAGAUGCUACAAGUAGUAAAAGGAAAGACCAUAAAGACAAUGCUAGGAGUAGCACCAGCUAUGACAUAAACGAGAGGUCCGGGAGUCAUCAGGAAAGGAGAGACCAACACAGAACUGAAGACUACAGCCGGACGUCCCGCAAAGAAGACCGAUCAGAGAAAAGCCAUCACAGAUCAAGAUCUAGCAGAAGCCCAAGUAAUGGUGCAAACAAGGAUCAUCGGCGAAGAAUCCGAAGUAGAAGCCGAGAUCACUACAGAGAGAAACUGGUGCAGGAGAGUGGAAAAUGUAGAGACAAGGAGAAAGGAAGAGAGAGAAAAAGCAGGAGUCCAGAUAGAGACCAUAAAAGGAGAUAACCUUUUUUUUUUUUUAUCAUUAAAAUGCUAUGGAACUGUUCUUUAUGUAUCUGUAUAAGAUUUAUAAUUUCAUUGCCAACAUUUUUAAUUCCCCAUUCAUUUUGUCGGCAGGAAUAUUUUCAUCAGAAAAAUUUAUUUCACUACCUGUCCUAAGAAAUAAAAAAAAAUCAAAAAAAAAAUCAGCUAAAUCAUAAUAAAUGAAC